AUGGUCAACCAAAGCUCCCCAGUGGGAUUCCUCCUCCUGGGCUUCUCUGAACACCCAGGACUGGAAAGGAUUCUCUUUGUGGUUGUCUUAACUUCCUACCUCCUCACCCUGGUGGGCAACACACUCAUUAUCCUGCUGUCUGUGCUGGACCCCAGGCUCCACUCCCCAAUGUACUUUUUCCUCUCCAACCUCUCCUUCUUGGACCUCUGCUUCACCACAAGUUGUGUCCCCCAGAUGCUGGUCAACCUCUGGGGCCCCAAGACCAUCAGCUUCCUGGGCUGCUUCAUCCAGCUCUUCAUCUUCCUGUCCCUGGGAACCACUGAGUGCAUCCUCCUGACAGUGAUGGCCUUUGACCGCUAUGUGGCUGUCUGCCAGCCCCUCCACUAUGCCACCAUCAUGCACCCCCGCCUGUGCCGGCAGCUGGCAGCCAUGGCCUGGAUCAUUGGAUUGGUGGAGUCCGUAGUCCAGACACCAGCCACCCUACACCUGCCCUUCUGCCCCCACCACCAGGUGGAUGAUUUUGUGUGUGAGGUUCCAGCUUUAAUUCGGCUGUCCUGUGGGGACACCACCUACAAUGAGAUCCAGAUGGCUGUGGCCAGUGUCUUCAUCCUGGUGGUGCCUCUCAGCCUCAUCCUUGUCUCUUACGGUGCCAUUACCCAGGCAGUGUUGAGGAUUAACUCUGCAAAGGGGAGGAGGAAAGCUUUUGGGACCUGUUCCUCCCAUCUCAUUGUGGUUACGCUCUUCUACAGCUCAGUCAUUGCUGUCUACCUCCAGCCCAAAAGUCCCUAUGCCCAAGAGAGAGGCAAGUUCUUUGGCCUCUUCUAUGCAGUGGGCACUCCUUCACUUAACCCGCUCAUAUACACCCUGAGGAACAAGGAGGUAAAGAGGGCAUUCAAAAGGUUGCUGGGGAAGGAAGUGGAGCCCAGACAAAGCUGA